UUAUGAUAUUCUGUGUCCUGAAUAAUAGCAUACGUCCUGGACUUUGUCUUCCGAGAACGCGAGAAAAUAUUAUUUAUGGAUGGACAGAAGGGUAUCAAUAAAUAUGCCGUACCGCCCAUCCUCGUGCAAUAUAUCAAUGAAAUAAAUGCCCCUUGCAUGCUCGUGACCCUAUCCAUGUUCCAUCAGUGCUUUGUUCCGCAUGCUCACAAGAGUAUGGUGUUGCUGGAAAUAGAAAUCCGACUGAACACGCUCCGCAAAUCAAUCCGGCAUGGCGAAGGUACAAAAAACGAGAUGAGUUCAUCCGAAGAAUCCUUCCUCCUUGCACGGUAGCAGAGUAAUGCGGGCCCAUUGUACUCUGUCUCUAGGAAUCCUGCAGUUUUGUGUUGCGUCGUUCUCGUUGCUGACGCUAGGAGUAUUAGCAUCUGCAGAUACCGCACAGCAAGUAUGGCCACGCGACAACCCUGCAGGUGCAAAUAAGGCUUGUCAACUGUUACAGGACAGCUUUCCGCAUCUCGUAUUCUUCCCAGGUUCUGACCAAUAUCUCAACGAUACAGAACAUUGGGCCGUUUCAAGCCAGCAGAAUUCUACGUGCUCGAUUGAACCAGAGACUACUGAUGAUAUCAGCGCUAUUAUAAAAAUAAUUGGAAGAUCGGAUAUCCGGGCGCGGUUCGCGGUCAAAUCUGGAGGCCAUGCAUACAAUAUUGGGCAAAGCUCGACUCCGGGUGUUCAGAUCUCGUUGUCUCGAUUUACGAACAUUAGCUAUGAUUCGGUGCGAGGUACAGUAUCUAUUGGAAUGGGCUUGACCUGGGAUCAAGUUUAUGAGUACCUUGAACCUUAUGGUGUGGUGGUUGCUGGGGGAAGGAUCAAUGGAGUCGGUGUUGGCGGACUCAGUCUCGGAGGUGGCUAUUCAUGGAAGACCAAUCAAUAUGGCUUGACCAUUGAUACAAUCGCGGAGCACGAACUCGUCUUGCCUACUGGCGAACAAGUAAAUGUAACUAAUGCAACGGAUCCAGAUAUAUUUUUCGGGCUGAAAGGAGGAUUGAACAAUUUCGGGAUUGUCACCAGAAUUACUUACGAAGCUCUUCCGCAAUCAUUGGUAUACGGUGGCCUAAUCACAUAUGCCACGGAUAACACUACGUUAGAUCUGUUGAACAGCGCAAGCAGCAACUUCUCAUUGAACAAUGCCGAUCCAAAGGCACAAAUGAUCGUCAAUUACGGCUCUGUCAAUGGCACGUUUGUAGCGCAAAUCCUGUUAUUUUAUGACGGACCCGCUCCUGCACCUGGUGUUUAUGACGAAAUUUUGGCAAUUCCUUCCGUUUCUUCGAACGUCAAUACGAGUACUUUCACGGAGUUCAUGGGAUCGUCUGCUGGAGAUCUGAGCUUUGGUUCAUUCGGCGUUGCUCAACACGCCAUUCCAAUCACAAAGUAUACGCGACCAGUGCUCGACGAGAUGAUAACACAAGUCAAUGCCUUCGGUCAAAGGCUCUCGGCGGAAAACAACGAAUCGACAAUCAUUGUCAUCGUGCAACCAGAACCUCUCUACAAGCCAUUCUCACACUCACGUGGAGGUGCAUAUCCGCAUCCACCAAGCCGAGAGCUCACCCCCGCGUGUCCCUUCAUCGUCUACUCUGCAGAUGCGGACGUACUCCUCGAUGUUCAGCAAGCUCGCCAUGCGUACUUCGUUGAGGAACUGAAGAACUUUACGCAUAUAAUCCAAGCUAAAGCUGUGGAGGAAGGUGUUAGCCGAUGGGACGAUAUCCUGUACCCGAAUUACGCAUUGACGGACACGCCUUUAGAACUUGUAUACGGAGAGAAUGUGCCUCGUCUUCGCGCUCUGGCAGAGAAAUACGACCCAGAUAGAGUGAUGACGCUGACUGGAGGAUUCCGGUUUCUAGAUUAGAUGCAGAUAUGUCGGAUCUGCAGAGCAGGAAUUUAUUUACUGUAGUACUGAGACAGUCUGGUGAAA